AUGACUACUCGCUACGCAGAGGCCCACAAGAACCCCCAGGGCCCCGGAGAUGCCCGCCCAGUGGCACAGCAAAUCAUCAGUGACGAAGGUCUGGAAGGACAACUGACCGGCCACACCAUCCUGAUCACUGGCGCGGCUCAUCACUGGCGCAACUCUCUACCUCACGGCCCGAAACCUAGAGAAAGCCAAAAACGCUUUGGGCGAGAUGGUUGCAUUCUUCGUGCGUGCACCUACUAG